CCAGCUGGGACAGAUGCUGACAUUUAUGCAGUAGUUCCCUUCAGCCGCGAUGGUGCUUCCAUACGGCGUUUACAGAGCGGACCACGUAGGCUCGUUCCUGCGUCCGAAAUCGGUCCUCGAUGCACGUGAGGCCGUGGCGCACAGAACAUCCACGCCGGAAGAGCUGCGAAAAGUCGAAGACAAGGCGGUGGCCGAUGUAGCAUCGAAAGAGAUUGCAAAUGGGUUGCGCUCAAUAACUGACGGCGAAUUCCGCCGCGCGUACUUUCAUCUCGACUUCCUCCAGCACCUGUCCGGCAUCGAGAUCAAGGGCCAGACCGGGCUGAUAAGACCGCAUGGAUUUUCGCCACCAGUCCUCGCCGUGACAGGGAAGCUAGGCCACCCAAAGCCUAUCCAGGUGGACGACUUCAAGUUCCUCGAGCAGACAAUCAAGGAGAACGGAGGAGCUGCGACGACCAAAGUGUGCAUACCAAGCCCCACCAUGGUGCACUUCCGAGGCGGACGCGCGAGCAUAGACAUCGAAGCUUACCCGGACCUUGACGAGUUCUUCGAGGAUUUGGCACGGGUCUAUCAGGAAGAGCUGCACUCGCUAUACCAGGCCGGCUGCCGCUUCGUGCAGCUCGAUGACACCAACUUGGCGUACCUUUGCGAUCCGGAUAUGCGCAAACAGGCCGAGGAGCGCAACGAGGAUGUUGCUGCCCUCCCACGAAAAUACGCCGAGCUCAUCAAUGCCGCCAUCUCUAAGCGCCCCUCCGACAUGAAGAUAGGCAUCCAUCUCUGCAGAGGCAACUACCGCUCCAAGUGGUUCGCGUCCGGUGGAUACGAGCCGGUCGCGGAGGUGCUCUUCAAGGAACUCAAUGUGGAUGCCUACUUCCUCGAGUACGACGAUGCGCGCAGUGGCGACUUCAAGCCGCUUCGGCAUCUUCCAGACCACAAGGUGGUGGUGCUUGGGCUCAUGUCGAGCAAGAAGAGCACGCUAGACGACAAAAAAGAGAUUCUAGAGCGGCUAAAGCAGGCAGCAGAGGUUGCGCCCAAGGGCCUCGAUCAGCUCUGCCUGAGUCACCAGUGCGGAUUCAGUUCGACCGUAGAAGGGAACGAAUUGACGGAAGAAGAGCAGUGGGCCAAGGUCAGACUUGAGGUGGAGAUCGCGAAGGAGGUCUGGGGCGAGGAUUUGAGCAAGUGAGUCAUGAGACGGUUUGAGAGAGUUGGCGAUUCGCCGUCCUUGGUUGAUCGCUACCGAAUCCUAUAUUAUUACCUCCAACGACAUGUCGACCACGG